CCCUGCUAACGACUGCCUCCAUUUCCAUUUCAAUUGCUGCAACCGCAAAACCUCCUUCCGCCAUUUCUAUUUCUUCAUUUUCUUUCUUCUCCAUUGAAGAACGUUCAGAGCAAUCCAUGGGAGGAAGAGGAAGAAGUCGUACUCAGAGAAAACAUUUUAAGCAAAGCCGUGAUAAUGUCUGGAAACACGGCUCUAAUUCAGAUGCUUCUUCUGCUGUCGACGUCGAUAACUCCGCCGACAUUCAAACCACAAAAAAAGAUAGCUGGGAGCCUUUGAAAACUCAGAACGCUGCUUUUGAAGAUUAUUACAAGGAGCAAGAGAUUGUGGCGCCGGAAGAAUGGGAUACCUUUAUUGAAUUUCUACGGAAACAGUUGCCUGCUGCUUUUCGAAUCAAUUCCAGUAGCCAGUUCUGUUUGGACAUUCGUUCACAAUUGGAGGAUGGCUUUGUAAAAUCUCUUCAGUCUGAGUUUACAGGGGAUGAAACAGAAGCUCUUCGGCCAUUGCCUUGGUAUCCAGAGAACUUAGCAUGGCAUUCGAACUUUUCUCGUAAACAGUUGAGGAAAACCCAGACACUAGAGAGGUUCCAUGAGUUUCUUAAGCUAGCUCAUGAAAUAGGAAACAUAACACGACAAGAGGCUGUCAGCAUGGUGCCUCCCCUUUUCCUGGAUGUGCAUCCAGACCAUUUUGUUCUUGACAUGUGUGCAGCACCAGGUUCGAAAACAUUUCAGUUACUUGAGAUUAUUCACCGUGCAAACGAGCCAGGAUCCUUACCAAGUGGAAUGGUUUUUGAUUAUUCUGUUGUUGCAAAUGAUGUUGAUGUUCAAAGAAGCAAUCUUCUCAUUCACCAAACAAAAAGGAUGUGCACUGCCAAUUUGAUGGUUACUAAUCAUGAAGCACAAGAUUUCCCUGGAUGCCGUCUCAGCAAAUUUCUGCAUAAGUGUUCUGAUCUAUCUGCCAAAGGGCUGAUAAUAGAUCAGCUUCUCUUUGAUCGUGUUCUUUGUGAUGUACCUUGCAGUGGUGAUGGUACACUCCGGAAGGCUCCUGACAUUUGGAGAAAAUGGAAUGCAGGAAUGGGCAAUGGCCUUCAUGGUCUGCAGCUUAAGAUAGCUAUGCGAGGUAUAGCUUUGCUUAAGGUAGGGGGAAGAAUGGUUUACUCCACAUGUUCGAUGAACCCAGUGGAAAACGAGGCUGUGGUUGCAGAGAUCCUGCGAAGGUGUGGGGACUCAAUUGAGCUUCUUGAUGUCUCAAGUCACCUUCCUCAGUUAGUUCGUCGUCCCGGUCUUAAGAAAUGGAAGGUCCGAGACAAAGGCGUUUGGCUAUCCUCAUACAAGGAUGUUCCUGAACAUCGUAGACCUGGUAUCCUUUCCAGCAUGUUUCCAUCUGGGAGAAAUAUUGUUGAUUCAUCUCAAAAACAUGAUGGACAUGGAGCUGCAGAAGGAGAGGACGGUGAGGGUAAUAUGGAUGCUGAAUGUAUCGCUGAGCCAGCGAUGAAUGAUGAUGCAUCACUUCCUGAAAUUAAUGAUGAAGUCUCUAGUUUUCCACUGGAACGCUGUAUGAGAAUUGUGCCUCACGAUCAGAACACCGGAGCCUUUUUUAUUGCCGUCUUCCUAAAGUGUUCUCCAUUUCCAGUUAUAGAGAAAACCGGAGGUGCAGAUGGUCAAAUGAUUCAUAAAAAGGAAGAUCUUUCUAAAGCGGCUAAGGAAAAUGCAAGCAAUUUAGACGAAGGUGAAGCCAUUUCAGCAGGUGAUACAGAAACAGAUGCUGGUUCUUUGGACAAUGAGACCAGCAAAACACUGGAAGAUGACGGUUCAGAGGAUCAACAAGGAACUGGCAGUGAGAUAGCUGUUUCAGAAAAGGUAGGGGUAAAGAGGAAGCUACAGAACCAAGGAAAAUGGAAAGGCAUUGACCCUGUGAUUUUAUUCAAUGACGAAGCUGUAAUCAGCAGUAUUAAAGCAUUCUAUGGAAUAAACGACUCAUUCCCCUUGCAUGGUCAUCUUGUCUCAAGAAACAGUGAUACUAACAGUGUGAAGAGGAUCUACUAUGUAUCUAAAUCCGUUAAAGAUGUGCUGGAACUGAAUCUUCUUGUUGGGCAGCAACUUAAGAUAGCUUCUGUUGGCUUAAAGAUGUUUGAACGACAGACAUCUAAGGAUGGCACAUCCACGUCAUGUAGAUUUCGUAUAUCAUCUGAAGGAUUGCCUUUGCUGCUCCCAUACUUAACCAAGCAAGUACUCCUUGCACCCCUUGUUGAUUUCAAACACCUCUUACAAUACAAAUCAAUCAAAUUUGGCGAUUUGGUUGAUACCGAUUUAAAAGAGAAGACAUCAGCAAUAGAAUUGGGAUGUUGUGUUGUAGUUUUAAAAGAAGCUCACACGUUGUCAUCUGUUGCUAUCCAAGUUGAUUCGUCCACAAUAGCAAUUGGCUGUUGGAAGGGAAGGUCUAAUUUAAAUGUGAUGGUCACAUCGCUUGACUGUACAGAUCUGCUUGAAAGACUUGAGAAGCGCAUGGAAGCUCGUUCCGCUCAGACGUCUGAAGUCCAAAAUGUUGGGGCGAAAGUAGAUUCCAACUUGAAUGACACUGACGUAAACGAAGAAGGCAAAAAUGAUGUUGAGAUGAAGGAAGAAACAACUGUUGACAUGGUUGCGUCAUAGGUGACUGAUAUCUUCGCAUUGUCUUUCUUCCCAUAUCGCUCUUUUUGUUAUUUGUUAGAGACGAGGGGAUUACAAUUUUGUGAUGUUGUAUUGUGAUAUGCAUACAGAAUUAGUUCUACAUUGCUAGAUUUUAUAAUGUUAUUAUUUUGAACUUGGUAGCCAAUAUAAUCAGGUAUUGGAGACAUAGGAGUUCAUGAGCGAGGUGACCAAAGACUUGAGAUCUUGUUGUGUCGAUCUCUGCUUUGCUUGUUAUGUCGGAUAAAAGUUCCUCGUCAUAAUGAUAAAGUUCAUCUGGUUUUUAUUAGUGCUCUGGUCAUUGUUGCAAUUAGUGUUCAUCAAUUGAUCUUAAUUGUCAUACUUCCUCCGGAUUUAGUUGCUACAGCUCCUGUAGCAACUAUUGUUCAUCAACUGAUCUUGUUUGGUAUCUAUUUCUUCAUGUAUAAUGUAAAAUAUAGUCAAGUGGUA